AUGUCGGACAAGCCGGAGAGCAGCAAGACUCAACUUGAAGAGGAUAUCUUCGAACCAUUGUUCCAAAAGGAUUUCUUGUCGCAGUUGCCAGUGGAGGUCGCUUAUCGCAUCAUCACCUAUUUAACACCGCGCGAUUUGAUGAAUUGUGCUGGCGCUCACGAUGGACAUGCGAACGAUUGUCUACAAGUUCACUCAGGUCGUAUCGUUACUGGUUCAGAUGAUAAUACGUUGCGGGUCUUCAAUGUUGAUGAUGCUCAACUGGCUUUCACUCUAACUGGCCAUAUGGGUCACAUUCGGACUACUCUAGUGAGCGAUGAUGGUAAAUAUAUUGUCAGUGGCGCGUAUGAUCGAACGGUGCGCGUUUGGUGUGGUCAAACCGGUGCACAGCGUCAUGUUCUGCAGGGGCAUACGAGUGAAGUGUGGUGCAUGGGUCUACAUGGUACAACUCUUGUUUCUGGAUCGUUUCUGGAUCAAACACUCCGAGUCUGGGACAUUAUCGACGGGAAAUGCCUUCAGAUUUUGACUGGCGACUUGGGGAUGGUUCGCUGUGUGCAAUUUGAUGGAAUUCGGGUGGUGUCUGGUGCCUUGGAUGGUACUGUCAAGGUUUGGAAUGUGCAGACAGGGGAGUGUUUGCAGACGCUGACGGGUCACACGAGGCAAGUCGAUUCACUUUUGUUUGAGCCAGAGCGCGAUCUUGUCGUCUCGAGAAGUCUUGAUAAAACGAUUCGCGUCUGGGAUAUACGAGGAGGAACAUGCAUCGCAAUUCCUAUCAGUGGAGAAUCAGUCUAUCGCUAUCGCCACUAUGGCAUGCAACUUCGCGGAAACAGUUUGGUGGCCUGCUAUACCGGCUCGGACGUUGGGGUUUGGGACAUUCGUGACGGUGGUUCGUGCAUUCACGUCCAUUUACAAGGCGUAAAUGGUCACGCGUUGAACAUCACUUCAUUGCAACUGCUCGACUCGGGACUUUUGAUAACAAGUUCUGAGGAUGGCUCGGUCAAGCUGUGGGAUGUGGAUAAAGGUAUCUUUGUUCGGGACCUCGUUCGUCUUCAGCCUGGCAGCCGGAAUCCGUGGCGCCGUCGAACCCUGGCAAUCAUCUUGUUAACAUAUUUGAUGUCGAAUUUUCUCUCGGUUUUAAUCACUGUUUGGGAGAUGUUCGAUCCAGCAUCACUUUGGAAACCUGGG